AUGGGGAGAAAGAAGUGUACUGAUAGGGGAUAAUCUAGAAAAAUAGGUGAAGAAGUGUUUUCAUUUUCAUCGAGACUGUAAUUUCAGGCUCUUACUUUAUUGCCAAUCGUAUCAAGGUGAAUGUAUCAUUCGAGAAAGUGCUGUUUAGGCAUUUAAAUGAGUGAAAUAAUGAGAUUCACUUGAGACGGAAACCGAAUUGUUUCGAAUGAUGCAAGUUGUGAGCAAAAAUGUGCAGUGAAGAAGAUUCAGAAAAGUUUAUUGAUUUUUGUGUCAUACUCUUUCAUCGAAACCUGUUUCUCCGGUGAAGUUGAGUGGAACACCAGGUUUGUACUGUCGUCCUGUGGCUGCUUCUGCAUCGGAAUGCUGCUGUGCUGAAAAAGUGGAUCUUCAUUGUGGCCCUGCUCUUGCGAUCGGACGAAUUGAACGAGGAAGAAAGGAGGAAACCUUCCGGUUUAUCGGCUCGGUCAUCUACCAGAAGAGAGCAGAGAGCACAGCGGCAGCGCAGCGGGGGAGUCUAUUGUUGUGCCCUGAUUUAAGUUCCCGCUAAGCCGAUUCGAUACAGAUGUUGAUGGAAAUUAUCGGCUCGCCUGACCCACUACUCGCGCAGCUCCUCACAUAACCGUAACCUCGCAGUGGCAGCAGGAAAAACAACAACCACAUACUAACAGGGGUGCAUCCAGAUCCGAUCAUCCGUUGCUAGUGAACCACUUAUAAAGCAUAGCCCAUCCCAUUGUUAUCAGCCACCAGCCAAUACCUCCCUCGAUCAUUCCGAGGCAAAUCAGCUACCCCUGAAGAGGAACUGGAUGGGUAGAAAAGCCGAGCAUCUACAUCAUGUACCAAUCGAUGGGUACCGAAAGGCACCGACGAAGACUACGAAACUAUCAACCGAAUCGACGGCGGCUGGUAUGGGCUAAACGAUAACAACCUCCGCGCCCCCCGGAUAGUCGCUUUCAGACCCUGCACGCACCUGUCCAGAUCGAGACACAGUGUAGCAAAACAAAACACGUAAAAAACGAACCGAACAUACCGGCAGCUGUUCACGACGAACCGAAAAAGAAAAAGCACCCGGCAAUUACCCGGCAGUAAUACGGUGCUUUUUUCUCUUGUUGCCGGAGCAGUUGCCAUCAGUAUCGAUCCAGAGCUCACCGGAGACGCCAGCUUCCAAAAAACGACCGCGCGUCAGCAAAUUGGAGAUAAUUUUUCGGUCACAUCGCAGCAGAAGAUCUAGCGCCGUCCGGCGGUAACCUCGAUUCGCUCGAAGCGACUGCUGGCCACGAGCGGAGAUUAUGUAAAUGAUCGGUGCUUUUUCGCACCAUUGUUUGCAGGCCUCUUUACGUAGAACUGGCCGAUUGAAGAUUCUGCGAUUUAUUUGUUCCAAGUGCGAAAGUGUUGGGUGAGAGUGUGGAACGAAGGUUGGUUUGUUAUUGAAAUCGGACGGGUAGAUUUUUUUCCGCUGCGAUCGUGUUUGAGUGUAACUGGGAAAGAGAGGUUGGGCACGGCGCAGAGAGUGAGAGAGAAUUCGCAGCGGAAAACUUAAUCUUAUCACGAAAUUGCGCUGCUAGUAGUGCGCGAGAAUCAAGCGAUUUCGCAAGUGUUUGUUGCGGAGCUGCGGGAGUUGGUGGAAUUAUUUUUUUACGAGAUUCGUGCAAUAAUCUGUUGAAGCUAGAAGAAUCUCGAAACUAGAGUUCGGGUUUGAUGAAUAUAAAGAGUAAUACUAAUACCUAGCAGUGCCACGUGACAAAAAUUUUGAGAAGCUUGUAGAUGUGAAGAUUACCCCGAGUUGGAUGAUCGGCAAAUGUUAUGUUUUUGUUUAAAUCAACAGUGCCCUCGGGGUCGAUGUGCUUGUCUUACAGGAUCUUCUUUGUGAACUGCCCUUGGUUAUGGUUGUGGCGUUGAAGUGUGAACUGAGGUGAAAAUCUUCAUUGGAGAAACAUAAAAAUGCUGACACCGGCGAAAAACGUUCAAAGUGUAUAGACAUGGGCUGUUGGAACCGUUGGUUGCCCUUUUAUAGUGCUCAUAGAAGUGAUAGUGACGUGAAAAGCGAAAACAAUUUUUGCCUUGCUGGUAGUUGAAUGAAAAGAAAUGAUUUGCUGAAUCGCAUAAAAUGUUGCACUUGGUGAUGUUUCGAAAGAUUGCUCUUGUAAUGAAAUAAGCUGAAUCGAAAAUGCUGUGAGUGGCAAUCAUUCGAUAAUUGGUGUUUGAAGUGAGAGGAUCAGUCGCUUGUGCGACCCUGACCACGACCAGCCAAAAGAUCAGCAAAGAUGUACUGGAUCCGGUCAAAAAAGCUGAAAGAACGGCUAGCGCUAGGCUUCGGUGCCACGCUGGUGCUGUUCACCUUGUUACUGGUGAUUGAUCUACAAAUGGACCUUGGCGUGUCGCGUGGUGAAUUUAUUCCAUCUCAUGCGCGGAUACGAUUCGCUAAUGAAGAAGACAAAGGUGGUAUAUAUAACGAAUUUCAUCGGAAGUACCUUGCCAAAAGUAACGCAUCCGGCUCCAAAGAAUACUUCACCACAAAUCCACAUACCCGCGGCCGAACAGACACAUCCGGAUCCGGAUUUCCAAGCAAACAGAUAACGGCGACUCCUCCGCAUGAUCGGUUCAAAGACUUGACUGCAGUGGUCGUAGCACCGAAAAAUCGACGCAAUCCACAAUACUUUGAACGAAUAGUUGUGAAAGAAGACCACGACGACUAUGUUAAUCCAAAUCUGGCUGAACUGCUCGAUUUGCAGAUCAGCAGCAAUGCAAGUAAUCUGGAAAGAUUCCAGCUAUCAAUUACCAAAAACGAACUGUACUCAAAAAGUGAUAAACUCGUGGACGCUGUGAUAGAGGACAUGAUAAAGUUGCCAAUCAAGCACGUUGUUCAGAAAGAAGGCGGAACCCAAAUUAAACUGAUCAUUGAGUAUCCGAAUGAUAUUCAUGCGCUGUUCAAACCGAUGCGUUUUCCGAGGGAACAACAAACGCUGCCAAACCAUUUUUACUUCACUGACUACGAGAGACACACGGCAGAAAUAGCUGCAUUCCAUCUGGAUCGGAUAAUGGGAUUCCGACGGGCAAUGCCAGUCACUGGAAGACUUCUCAACAUUACCACCGAAAUUGAGAGAGUGUGCGACGAUAACCUGCUGAAGACAUUCUUCAUAUCUCCCGCUCGAAACAAGUGUUUCCACGGUAAAUGUUCCUACUAUUGUGAUACGUCCCACGCCAUCUGUGGCAGUCCGGACACGCUGGAAGGAUCGUUCGCUGCCUUCUUGCCAACUCAACAAGACACACAGCGAAAAGUUUGGCGACAUCCUUGGCGCCGAUCAUACCACAAGCGCAGGAAGGCACAGUGGGAAACUGAUCCCGACUACUGCGCCAUGGUACGCGACAUUCCCCCAUACGACGAAGACCGUCGACUACUGGAUUUGAUGGAUAUGUCGGUGUUUGAUUUCCUCAUUGGGAACAUGGACCGGCACCACUACGAAACAUUCAAAAUCUUUGGGAACGACACGUUCCCGAUUCAUCUGGACCACGGUCGAGGUUUCGGUCGACCUUUCCACGAUGAGUUAUCGAUUUUGGCACCGCUGCUCCAGUGCUGCCUGAUUCGGUCGUCUACGGUCGAAAUGCUGCUGCUGGUGCACAACGGUCCGAAAACGCUUUCGGAACGGAUGCGCGAUUCGCUGUCCCGCGAUCCGAUCGCACCGGUUCUAUGGGAACCGCAUCUGACCGCGCUCGAUCGCCGGGUGGGCAUCAUACUGCAAGCCGUGCGGGACUGCCUGAAAAAGGCAUCCGAGGAAGAGUUCGACGGCAGCCAAAACCAGCUGGGCCACAAGGACAACUUCUCCUAGCGUUCCUAUCGUCGAGCCAGGCGAUCCCGGCGUCUCUAUAGGGUAUUGGUCAAUCUGAAGAGCAACGGUGCGCAUCGAGUCGGCCAAUACAGAAGCUUGUACAUAGUCUAGUAACCAGAUGUGAGUGAGAGCACGGAACACGCGCGCUAGGUGAGAGCGGGUAAGAAAAAGCGAGAGUGAAAGAAUCCGAAGAAGAUGGGAUAGUGUGUGGGGAGGAUAGAUUCCGUUAGUGAUUGCGCGGAUUGAGUCAGGUUGUUUGUUAAUUCGAUGUGAGAUCAUUAUAGUAGUUUACAAAAGGCAAAAGACAAACGUCACGAACUUCAUUGUUUGAGCUAUGAUUCUGGAGCAAAAUGCUGUGCUGAUUCUAUGAAUGUGGUGUGAAAACUUGAACGAAGAUCACGUCUCGAUAGAUUUGUUUUUUUUUAUUCAGACCAAAUGAAGUUACAUAAAAUUUUGGUAUUGGCAGAUGCUCACUGGUUUGAAAAAAAAAACAUUCUUAGAUUUCCAGACAUUUGUUGUUAUUUGUGAAAGGAUAAAAGUUCAUUUACAUUAGUAACAACACACUCCAACAACAUUCAUUUCACAUUUUUGCAUACUUAUGGAGGAAGAAAAAACGCAUGAUAGUUUUGAGCAUUACUUUUUUGGUUUAUGUAAAUAAAAAAUGAAAAAAGUUACUUCAAAUUUACAGCCGUCACCUACAUUUUAUUCGAAAUCCUGGAACACUCUUUUCAUAAAACCUUUUUGGUUGUCAUUACACAAUGGAAACAAGGACAUUGCAGCACGCAGCUUAAUGUACAUAAGGCUCCACAGCUAUUAAUAGCAAGGUGCCUAAUACAAGCCAAGUUAUCAUUUUUGCAGUCGAAUAUCAUGAGGUUAUCACGAUCAUAAUCUGUGCCCAGAUAUGGUGAGACGGACCGGGAACCAACCAAUUUUUAACAUAAUAAUGGAUUAUUCAACUUUCUGACUUCUAUUGAACAAUUUCCUUCCAUUUGCUUGGCCCAAUAGGAAGAAGCUGAGCAUGUUCCGUCGAUUGAAGGUGAAUCCAAAGCUAUGAUACUUUUUUUGACGUAAACUACGUCUAAGGGGAAGGCUCGGAUACAGAAUGUAAAAUGAAAAUUUCAAAAUUGGGUGCCGUCACGAAAUCAUGUAAGAUUUGUAACAUUAAUAGCUCCUUUAUCUUCCAAUGGAUUUUAAAGAUUUAUAUAUCAAUCGAUUCGUAAACUCUCCACCAAUUUGUCAGUAGUAUUGAAUCUUUUGAUGUACUAUACUACUUGUUUAUGAGUAGUUUACAUCGAGCGGUUGUGUCUUGUAUACAACCCCAAGCUUUUUAUAUAUCUUUAUUAAAGAGACUUCCAGCCCUAGGCUGGCUCAUCUCCAAACUAUGAUACUCUGUUUGCCACUAAGCCAACUAUAAUUACAGCAGUAUCCUUUUUAAUACAAAAUAAUUUCUACAUUUGUGGGUGCAAUGGUCCAAUAAUUUCAUUAUUUUGGUCAAACCAAGCUAUACAACAGAUUCAGUUUUGGUCAGGUUCGAAGCUAUACAACAUUUAUUUGCAUUCAUUUGAGUUUCCGUUUUUUCAAUAACUCCGGAACGCAAUGGUCGAUCGGGUUGUUUUUCUUACACUUUUUGUACACACACACAUACAGACAUCACCUCAAUUUAUCGAGUAGACUUAGUAUACGAAAAGGCGAAAAAUAGCUGACAAUGUAAAUAUAAUUUCCAAUAUUCAAUCGCAGAUGAAAAGCAGGGCUUCGACUUUUCGUUUCGAUGAGACCGAAGCAAGCGUUUGUUGUUCAUGGCGAGGAACAUCUUUCACCCACUAAUCUUUUCUCUGAAACUUGCUUUGUAAGAUAAACGAAAAUCAUGCCUAUUGGAUGAAAUUCCUUUUUAGUUUCAUAACUUUGAACUCUCACUCACUUUUCGUGAGAAUUAUCGAAGAACAAUUAUAAAAAAUGUAUGGCUACUGCGGGACUCGAACCCAGAAUAUUAACAAUAAUAGCCGAAAGGAUGCGUUCACUCUAGCCACACCGCCACGCUUUCUGCAUGUAAGUACCAGAUUAUUUGUUCCACAAAGGCUACUACUGUUGACGUCAAUGAACAAACCAACUUUCCGAAGCAAUCGAAGUGAGCAAAAAAUGGUUAUCACUCUCUAGGCUGUUUUUCUUUACCGAAAAGCGAUUUUACCGCGAAAGUUUUCGUGAGUUUUUGUAUCCUAUGCUCCUGAGAUUGAGUGAGCAUUACGAACUCUGGUGAAAAAAAUAAUAUUUUUGAUGAUGAUUUUUGGACGACUUUUGUUGGAAUUCACAUUAAAUGAAAACCACUCGUUUAUGUACAAUUUGUAUAACAUCGAUGGCGACGAUUGUUGUCAACUUGAAACAUGUCUUCAGCUGUUACAGUUAUACAAUUUUUGCCUUCUCACACAAUAAAGUUGAACCGGAAGGCUGUCAUUCCACCCGUAAAUCAAACUCCCUGAAAUCAAAUAAGUUGUCCGGCAAAAGAUUACCGGGAGGAAUCCCGGUUGAAUUCUGGGAGGAUUCCAGAGAAGGAGUGAAGCCCGGGAGAAUCCCAGAUAGAAUCUCGUGUGAAUCCUGGGAGGAAUUUUGAGUGAAUCCUGGGAGGUAUCCCAGCAAGAGCCUCGGGAGGAAUUCCGAGUAAAUCCCGGGAAGAAUCACAGGUGAAUCCUGAGUGAAUCAAGGGAUGGAAGGGAAGGGUGAAUCUCUGGAGGAAUUCCGGGUGAAUGCCGGGAAGAAGCCCCAAUAAAUUCCGGGUGAACACUGGAAGGAAUCACGGGAGGAAUUUCGGGUGAAUCCCGAGAGGUAUCUCAGAAGGAGUCCCAGGAGGAAUUUCGAGUUAAUCCUGAGAGAAUUCCCAGGAGAAGUCGGGGAAGGAAUCCCGAGAGGAAUCUCGGGUGAAUCCCAGGAGAAAUCCUGGGAAGAUUCCCGAGAGGAAUCCCAGAAAGAAAUCCAGGUGAAUCCCGGGAGGAAUGCCGAAUGGAUCAAAAUAGAAAUUUUGGGUGAAUACCGGGCGUAAUCCAGGGUUUAUUCCCAGAAGAAAUCCCGGUUAAAUCAUGGCUGAAUUCCAGGCGGAAUCCCGGGUGAAUCCCGGGAGAAAUUCCAGGUGAAUCUCGGGAGGAAAUCCGAGUGAAUUCCAGGUGAAUCUCGAGAGCUGAAUUCCGGGAGAAAUACCGGGUUGAUCUCAAGAGGAUUCUUGGGUGAAUUCCGGGAGGAAUUUCGUGUGAAUCUCGAAAGGAAUUCCUGAUGAAUCUCGGGAGGAAUCCCAGGAUGAGUCUCAGGAGGAAUCCCAGGUGAAUUCCGGAAGGAAUCCUGGAUGAAUACUGGGAGGUAUUCCAGGUGAAUUCUAGGAGAAAUCCCGAGUAUAUCUCGAGAGGAUUCUGGGUGAAUUCCUGGAGGAAUUCCAGAAGAAUCCCGGGAGGAAUUCUGGGUGAAUCCUAGGAGGAAUCCCAAGACGAGUCUCAAGAGGAAUCCCAGGAGGAAUCCUAGGAUAAUCCCGGGAGGAAUACUACGUCAAUCCCGGUAAUAAUCCCGGGUAAAUCCAUAGAAAGAUAGCGUCCUCAUUCUAACAUUGCACCAGUCAAUUACCCGCUUUGGCGCAGCUAAGCACAAUUCACCACAAUAACCACCGGAAAGUAGACAAAAAAAUGGAUUUUAAUACAUAAUACCAGAUCUUUUCGAAUCUUUCCCAAAAAAGUUUAGCCAAAUCUCAUUUUCCUGUACAUAUUUGUUCGGGAGACACUCUACGGAAUGAACUUCAACAAGACACCGAAAAUUAGACUUACAAGCUACAAUCAAAGAAUUUUGGAACUAGCUCAUCUUUUCUAUAUAAUAAAAAUGAAAUGGUCUGUGUUCGUAUCCGCAUAACUCGAAAACGGCUGGAUGGAUUGUCUUCAUUCCUUCAGCAGAUAUGUUCGUUAUUGCUUCCGACGGGUUUAUAUAAUAUUUCCUUAUGCGAAAAUCAUCAGUAAAGUUGUUUAAGGACAUAGUUGGAAGAGUACCACGAUGGCCGCCAAUAUGGCACCGGACCUUCCACGGGCCAACCCCACACCUCCCGCAUACCAACAUUCGAAUGCAUCGAUCAGCAUCGAACAAAAGUUUAAUAUUCAAAUUACUAACCUGCUCACAGCAUAUUUAUUCACUUCCCGUGAUAAUGAACAUGUUUAUCCAAAGAGUCUUAUGCAUUUCGGCUCGAAUAAUAUCAUAAAUCAGCAGUAUCGUGCCAAUUUAUUAGCCGUUCGCGAUUUGGUGGACUUAUCACUGCACUUCACUUCUUCUCAAAGGGCACUGAGAAAAUCAAGUUUUCACUCACUUCUCCGCACAUGAGGAACCCGAAAUGUUGAUGGAAUGCAAAUUAAACAUCACUUUUCGAAAUCAGUCACUUGUUUAAACUGAAAACUUAAUAUAAACUGCUAUUUUUGCCCGAAAAGAACGAUUAAAAACGGAUCGCGGACAACGGCACCGGCAGCAGCAAACUAAUAAUUAGGGUGGCUCAAAAAAUAAUUUUGCUCCGCCACGUUCAGUCGAUUGUGAUUUAUAAUUUGGGUGUCAUCCGAUGGUUUGGGCUGGUUUAAAUAGAGGCUUACCGUGCACAAGUCGUUUCAGGUUUGUAUGACAGUUUAUAUGGCGAGGUUGAAUUUAACAUUAUUCUGAUUGUGGUGCUUCGUCAUUGGGCCCUGGCGAGGGGGGAGACCAUAUGACUGGAUGAAAUAUUCAAGAGCUUCAACUCCAUAGACAAUCCAUAUUGAAUGGUCGUUUCAAUAGUUGCGAGUCGAUUUUAAUCGAGGUUAUGAAUCUUUCGCAUGAUAAUUAGGCUUCUCAGAAGGCAUCAGUAAAACGUGCAAUUCAACAAAAUACCCAGAAUUUGUCUGUGAUUCCUAUCGCACCAAGGGCAGAUACUGCUAGUCUAGUCUAGUCUACACUAUCGCACCAGGGGCAGAUGCUUCAUACAAAAAGUGUGACAUGGGGGUGAGUGGGGUAUAAAAUGCUAUUUUUGCGUUAGGGGCCGUACACAUAUUACAUAAGCACUUAUGGGGGGAGGGGGGUCGGUCAAUAUCUUACGAUCCAUAUAAAUAAAAAAUCAACUGUCUGCAAAACUCUUACAAGGCGGGAGGGGGGGUCGAAAAACCCAGAAAAAUUGCUUACGUAAUAAGUGUACGACCCCUUACGUAAUCAUUGGAUCUUUCCUGCGGUGCGGUUUUCUUUCAGUAAAGUCCCUGGAAUGUUGCUUUCAGCUAUGUGGGUUCUCUUUUCGCCAGCGUAUGGAGGGGAGGCACUGUAGCCAGCGUAAUAAAAGGUUUAGUUUCCAUGCUAGUUUUCAUACAAAUCGGCAUGCGCUCAACCACUUUUUGUUCAAAUCGGUUUUUGGAGGACACUUGGAGCAUGGGACGGAAUCGAGUGAGCGUGGUGGUGCUGGGUCGUUUUUUGAACCACCCUACUAAUAUUCUUUGUUUUUUUUAAUACGACACCAAUACUACUACAGUAUAUAACAGUUUUUAUUGUACAAAUACUUUCAAAGCUUUGUUUUGGUACUCAACCCACCUUCACCUUAAAUCGUGAAAAACUAAAAUAAAGAUUCGUAUGGAAAUUUCCCAUGGGCAGUUCAUAGCGCGCAUUUCCGCCUACUAUGCAGGGCAACGUCUGCCGGGUCGACUAGUUCAAUAUAUAUGUUAAAUUUAAAAAAGAUGGGCUUCACGAAAAUCACGAAAACAAUUUUGAGGUUUUGUCCGGCUUUCCGCCACUGUGAGGCGUCCCAAAUAUUGCUUUAUGUUCAAACAAUUCGAUGAAAGUUGGAUGAUGAAAGCUUUUAUUUUGCUCUGCUAAAGUUUGCUCUUGCAUAUGAUUACUCGUGCGUGACUACUUGGCGAUUGAAAUGGAUGAUGUUACCAACACUGUUAAUCACUUGGAAUUAUUAAACAAGAAUUCAAAGUCUUCUCAACAUACUGAAGUUAGAAAUUCGCUAUACGGAGAAAUUAGAAUAUCAAAAUUGCAAACAAUAAUUCUGCGCAUACCAGAUGCGUUCCCAUAACAACAACGAGGCCAGAAUUAAUAAACGAGUCCAUAAAGCAUGGAAAAAGUGCGAGUGCAAUUUAAUGAUUUUUAAUCACACCUUCAUUGCAAUUUAGUUGAUUUUCUCUAUGCAAGAAAUGUAAACAUCGAGGCCACGUCAAGAGGUAAAAGAUUUGUUCUCAGCAACCCACGCGUGCAGUGUCCAAGGCCAUGAUUAUUGAUCACAAAGUUGGUAAUCAAAUUAGCAAUCAAAUUCUUGUGAACCAACUAACACAGUCCACUCCUCAUGCCGAUGCACCGAUGUUCUACAAGGUUUACACAAUUUAUAUGUGACUUUGGAUUCUUUGGUAAAAAACAAUAAUUAUUAUUGGUCUAUCACUAAAGCUUCUUAAAAAUAGCAUGAUUUUCCAAAUGAAUGCUUAAAAAUCUGAAGCUCAUUUUGUUUCAUCUCAUGUUUGACCGGGAUUUAACCAAGUGCUCCAAGUGCCUUUAAAAAAUUACUCAUUUUCUUGCACAAGUUUUCGUGUAUCAGAUCCAAUUGAUCACAAAUCGUAUCGGAUAUUCUUCCACCCUAUAACUGAGGAUAUCCAAUAACAAAUGUAUGAAUGAAUAGAUUUAAUUCAUUUCGUUUUCAUUGCGCUUGGUGCGGUUUCGCUGAACCCCUUCUUCUUCUUCUUAUUGGCAUUACAUCCCCACACUGGGACAGAGCCGCCUGGCAGCUUAGUGUUCAUUAAGCACUUCCACAGUUAUUAACUGCGAGGUUUCUAAGCCAAGUUACCAUUUCUGCAUUCGUAUAUCAUGAGGCUAACACGAUGAUACUUUUAUGCCCAGGGAAGUCGAGACAAUUUCCAAUCCGAAAAUUGCCUAGACCGGCACCGAGAAUCGAACCCAGCCACCCUCAGCAUGGUCUUGCUUUGUAGCCACGCGUCUUACCGCACGGCUAAAGAGGGCCCCCUCGCUGAACCCCGACGAUUAAAAUUUUGUUCCAUAAUCAAGCCUUCAGAACUGGAAGUAUAGAAGCAUAAAGCAGUGCAAUGGGUUGGCCAAAUCCAAAGGCCUUACGAAAACAAAAUCCAGGUUACUUUGAUUUAUGAGUUGUCAACUAUACGAUUUCAGAAUACUUAG